AUUUCUGUUUUUUCUUAAACAAGGGAGAAAAAGGGAAGAAAAGAAGAGAGAAUAAAAAGGAACGGCAGAAUAUUUCUUCUUCACAUAGAUACAUCAGAAAACAGAGUAAAAUGUUUCCCCCAAAACACUCCUUUUUGCUCAACAUAUGACUAUGGAUGAACACAUUUUAGAGGAAAAUGGUGCUAGCAGAGUAGAAUCAUCUGCAGUAGGACAAGUAAGUACAUCUGAAGCUGACAGAACCCGAGAACCAUACGAGGGUAUGACAUUUGAAUCUGAAGAAGCUGCCAGAGCAUACUAUGAUGAGUAUGCUGGAACAGCGGGGUUUAUAACCCGUGUUCUAUCAUCUCGCAAGUCAGAGCGUGAUGGGUCAAUUAUAUCACGUGGACUUGGUUGUAGAGGGGUACCAGAUAAUCAAAGACCAGGAAGUUUUGCCAAUCAAAAGCGAGAUAGACGACGUGAUGGUUGUACAGCAAUGAUCCUAGUCAAACGAGAGAAGCCUGGUACGUGGGUUGUUAGAAAAUUUGCUAGGGACCACAAUCAUCCUUUGGUUAUAUCACCCUCCAAGAGACGUCCAACUUUCGAUGAGAAAGAUAAAAGAAUUCAGGAAUUAACAGCAGAACUUCGGAUCAAGAAACGACUAACUGUAGCAUACCAAGAACAGCUGCUUACUCUUAUGAAAGACGUGGAAAGUCACAGUGCACAUCUGUCUACAAAAGUUCAAGCUGUUCAUAGCAUUCUUAAAGAACUUGAAGCUAAAAGACAGAAGCUUUCAAAUCACAGUAGACACCAUAAGUAGGAAACUCUAACAAUAGCGUUGCCUCUUAAAGUUUAUACCCUUUUGAAGGUCAUUAUGACAUAAAUGAUGAAAGCCCAAGGCGUGUAACUGAAGGUCAUGAGUUGAGAGCUGAUAUAAGCUUGUGCUCUCGGCUGAGCAACGGCUUUAUUAAGUUUAUGAUGAGGGUGGGUGCAGCCAGCAAGCAAUUCAAGAGAGAGGAAGAUCUUGUCAAAGAAAUUUGGACAACUUUUUCGCGUAGAUUGAUUUGGGAAUCCUAGAUGGAGCCCCUGGUACAUGAUUUCUGUAUUUAAUUUAAUAAUUUUACGUACGAAUCAGGAGCCUCUUCAGAAGUUGUACUACUAUACGGGGUUUCUAAGAUCAUUAGAAUGAUUGGUUUUUGAAG